AUGGACGCCAAGAAAUUGUUUACAGAAAUUGAGUGGAACGAACUACCAAGAGUUGAUGAACGAACGACUGAAGAACUCAGGAAUAUCCUAGAAACCACCUCUUAUAAAAAUAAUGAGGAACCAUAUGAUAUAAUAGAAAUAAACACUACGAUCAUGAAUAGGCAGAACCCGUCAUGCGGAAAUUGUAACCUAACCGAUUAUGAGGACGCUGAUAAAAACUUGCAAAAGCCGCAUUUAGAAGGUUGGCACGACGUGAACGUAUGG